AUGACUGAGGAUGGAUCGAAAGAGAACAAGCUUGCGAGUUGUUGUAUUUCACACGAGUUCUACAAAGCGGCUGCGAAAUCUCCCAACAAAAUCGCUGUUGUUCAUGCGUAUGGCGGCAUAAAAAUUGCAAGAGAGUUUCGCAAAUUCUACAGUAACAAUGGCAAUCAAACGACAAUUUCUAAUGUUAGCGAUGAUUCAUCAUUCUUUGAUGAAUUCUUUGCCAGCAAGACGUUGCCGUCCCAUCCUCUGGUGUACGAAGGCGAUCAGUGUUUCACGUACUCGGAGAUUCUCUCUUCCGUUGAUUCCCUUAGCUUUCGGCUCCGGCGCAUUCUCGAUGGUGGAGAUGAUCCUCAUCUGAUCAAAUCCACUUCAGGUGAUUUCCCUGGCAAGCAGUCACCACAUGUUCAAAUUUUUUCAUCUUCAACUUCACCCUAUCCGGGUGUAGAGCCCAUUACUACGUAUCAUAAUACAUUUACUCCAAGAAUAGUUGGAAUAUAUAUGGCACCGUCCCUUGAAUACAUUAUUGCUGUCCUCUCUGUUUUGAGGUGUGGGGAAGCUUUCAUGCCUUUGGAUCCAUCAUGGCCACAAGAGAGAGUAUUACAAGUUGUAUCUUCUUCAGAAGCUGAUCUUAUUAUUGUGCAUGAAAACUCAAUCGAUGGAAAUUUUGGUCACCAGGGUGAUAAGUUGUAUUGGCUUGUGGAUAGCUGCAGAUGUUCGUUUCUGUAUAUAUCCAUGGAGGACAAACUUCAACACCAAGUUUGUUCGUCACGUUUACUCUGGCCUUGCGAAAAGAAAAAAUUAAGACCAUUUUGUUACUUGAUGUACACAUCGGGAUCAACUGGAAAGCCUAAAGGUGUAUGUGGUACUGAAAUAGGUAUUUUUAGAGUCCAACACAAAUUUGAAGAUUUGAAUCCACCACAAUUUAGCACCCCUGUGAGUUUUUACAGACUGAUUGUGAAUUUUCUGCCUGCUUAUACCUCAGCUGCCAGCAGCACCACUGCGUGGCAAUCUCCAUCUUCCUCGUUUCGCGGGGUGCUCCAUAGAAGGACAUAA